AGUAAAGGUGGGAAACUGCGCGAGCCGCGCAGGCGCACCUUGGACGGCUGCAAUGGCGCUGUCGUGCUCCCUGAAUAGGUAUCUGCUGCUCAUGGCUCAAGAGCACCUGGAGUUCCGCCUGCCGGAAAUAAAGUCUUUGCUUUCACUUUUUGGAGGUCAGUUCACCAGUAAUCAGGAAACUUAUGGAAAGUCUCCUUUUUGGAUUCUUAGCAUUCCCUCUGAGGAUAUUGCCAGAAACUUAAUGAAACGGACAGUGUGUGCCAAGUCCAUAUUUGAACUAUGGGGUCAUGGAAAAUCUCCGGAGGAGCUGUAUAGUUCUCUUAAAAACUACCCUGUGGAGAAGAUGGUUCCAUUCCUACAUUCAGAUUCUACAUAUAAAAUAAAGAUUCACACAUUUAAUAAAACAUUGUCACAAGAAGAAAAAGUCAAACGAAUAGAUGCACUUGAAUUUCUGCCAUUUGAAGGAAAAGUGAAUUUAAAGAAGCCACAGCAUAUAUUCUCUAUAUUGGAGGAUUAUGGCUUGGACCCAAACUGCAUCCCUGAGAAUCCACAUAAUAUUUAUUUUGGUAGAUGGAUUGCAGAUGGACAGAGAGAGCUUAUUGAGUCAUACAGUGUUAAAAAGAGACACUUUAUUGGAAAUACAAGCAUGGAUGCUGGUUUAUCAUUUAUCAUGGCCAACCAUGGAAAAGUGAAAGAAAAUGAUAUUGUCUUUGAUCCGUUUGUUGGAACAGGUGGCCUUCUGAUAGCAUCUGCUCAUUUUGGUGCAUAUGUAUGUGGGACAGACAUAGACUACAAUACAGUUCAUGGCCUAGGAAAGGCUAGUAGGAAAAACCAGAAAUGGAGAGGACCAGAUGAAAACAUUAGGGCAAAUCUUCGGCAGUAUGGUUUAGAGAAGUAUUACCUUGAUGUCCUGGUUUCAGAUGCAUCUAAACCUUCCUGGAGGAAGGGCACAUAUUUUGAUGCAAUCAUCACUGAUCCCCCAUAUGGUAUCAGAGAAUCUACAAGAAGAACAGGUUCUCAGAAGGAAAUACCAAAGGGGAUCGAAAAAUGUCCAGAAAGCCAUGUUCCUGUUUCCCUGAGUUAUCAUCUGAGUGACAUGUUUUUUGACCUGUUAAACUUUGCAGCGGAGACCCUUGUAUUAGGUGGAAGACUAGUCUAUUGGUUACCAGUAUACACACCAGAAUACACUGAGGAGAUGGUACCCUGGCACCCUUGCCUGCAACUCAUUAGCAACUGUGAGCAGAAGCUUUCCAGUCACACAUCAAGGCGCUUGAUAACCAUGGAAAAGGUGAAGACAUUUGAGAACCGGGACCAGUAUUCACAUCUGUUAAGUGAUCACUUUCUCCCAUACCAAGGUCAUAAUUCCUUCCGUGAGAAAUAUUUCAGUGGCGUAACAAAAAGAAUUGCCAAGGAAGAGAAAUGUAGCCAAGAGUGAAAAUGAAGAUUCUGACAAUGGAAAAAGAGUAAGGAUUUAACAGAAAAGACAUCUGGAUGUGAACUUCCAUGUAUGAUAUAGAAAACAUAUACUGUUUUAAAUACUUUUAUAUAACGAAAUAAAUGCUACAAAGUAAAUUGAACAAUUCUUUUACAAUUAGCUUUGUUUUAUAGACUGUUUUGUUGUAUGUAGUCUUUGGAACCAUAUUUAAUUUAUAUUUGUACUUUCAAGUAUUAUGGAAAUUGAAAACAGUUAUAUUUUUGGUAAUUAAUUUGCAAGGGGAACUGAUACUGUUGACUUUUUAAACAGAUACUUGCCAGAUAUGUUACAAGCAGUUAACCAUGGUUGAGAAUUUAUUCGUUUAGUAGGUUUGUUUAAUUUGGUUUCUGAUUGUAAUUGAUUUACAGUGCCACUAAUAAAGUUUACUGAGGAUCCCUAAAA